AACUUCGUGUGGUGCAAAUGCAACGUAACCUCAAAAAGUGAAAAUUUUAAAGUUGAAUGGCCUCACAAUGAGCAAUUCCGAGGAUUCUAUGAAAUUCCUAUGGUCAGCAGCCAUCCAGCUGCCUGGAACUUCACCCACUAUGCAACUACUAAAAGCCCACUAUGCAUCUCGAUCAAUUUCCUUGGCUGAACGAUCAGGCGCGCCUCCGGAUAACUUACAGAGCUUCACUGGCGUCUCAUCAAUGUGCCCCAAAUGUGCAGCUUUUUGGGCCAGUGGAGCUUUCAGUCUGUCCCUAAAGCCAGCCAAGAGGCUAAAAGCCCGAACAAAGAGAUUCGUAAUAAAGCACUACAGAGACAAGAAGAACACCAAACUCAGGAAAAUCUCCCGGAAACUGGCACAAAAGAACUUCAAUUCCGCAGUCUUUACCUGCAGAGUGUGCAAAAAUAUCUCGAAAAUUCCCCUGGUAAGAUCAGUAAAGAAAAAAUCUCCUGAACCCCGGAAUAGUCUUACAAGUUCUCCCGGAAAGAGAUUGCUAGGCAGUCAGCUUGAGAAUCCGCCAAAGAAGAAAAAGAAGAAGAAGGAUCCAUUUGCCGGACUCAAUAGAGACGUCCUCCUUGCAGUUCAGAAGAAGCCCCAGAAGACCAAGGAACAUCCCAUCCAGGAGAGACCAAGUGUUGGAAAACUGGCCAGGAUACUCAAGAAGACUGUUUCCAUUUCCGGAAAUAAGCUGGACAGCAUGCUCAAAUGAUUUUUUUUUGGGCGUAUUUUCAGUACAGUCUUCCAGAUUUGCGGAAGUUCCUGGUCAAUUGAGGGGUAUUUGCGUCUGGACAAUCUGUGAAAAUGAGGUGCUAUCAAUGGAUGAUAUCUUCCCAGUUUCAUGGAUGUAUGAAUGAAUAAUAAAUGGUAUUUAAAUGUGGAAGAAAAA